AUUACCAAGGUGGAUGUCCAGUUCAUAUCGCUCGACCAUCAAUCCAACAAUCUUUUGCGAACGUAUUAAGCAAAAUUUGGCUUCACUGAUUAUACUUCUUUUAACUGAUUGGGUUUAGUUUUAAAGAGCUUUCAAAGCUCACGUCAGUAAAAAAUCAUGUAUAAAUACCGGGUAUGAGUAGGUUCUCAUUCAGUUUGUUUAUAUUUACGCCAUAGACCAGACGCUCUCUAUUUCCUAUUAAUAAUGUCCUCAAAUAAUGAUGCUUACAACUCGGAUGAGUUGGAAGCUCCCGCCUGGCUAAACAAGCCAUUCUUACAAGAGGUGCUAAUGCAGUACUUCAAAGACUCCAGUAUAAAAUUGACUGAUGUCCAGAUAUCCCCGGCCAGUGCAAAGGGUGAUCACUAUGCGAGUGUCAUGUUUCGGGCCAGCGUUGAGUAUCUAACACAGAAGGGAAAGUUUUCGAAAUCGCUGGUUAUUAAGACAAUGCCCGAAAUGGAAGGCAUCAAAAAGGAGUUUUUGGGCGAUUCCUCUAUAUUCCAGACAGAGAUCGCCAUGUACACGGAAGUGCUGCCCAAAUUCGAGGAGAUAUUACGUGAGGCGGGCGAAGAGACAACGUUUUGUGCAAGAUGCGUCUAUCACAGCUUGGAGCCUCGACAAGUGAUGAUUUUCGAGGAUCUCGUACCUCAGGGCUACCAAGUGGUACGCAACCGAAAUCUUACCUUAGAUGAACUGCGAUGUGCUUUAGGAAAACUGGCUAAGUGGCAUGCCGUCAGCCAGAAGUUGUUGAAGGAGCAGCCGAAUAUAUUUGACAGACUUAAAUAUGAUUUAACGACCUUGCCAAACUUUUUCGAACAGGAUUUUAUAACCAAAGGCCUACCCACCUUUAUAGAUAUGAUUGGUCAUGUGGAAAGUUUAAAAGAUUAUCGUAAAUACUUUGAGCCGAUGCGUCAACAUUUGAUCAAGCGCUGGGCAGAUAUAAUACGUGAAUAUCGUGAGAAUCGGCAAGAAAAUUCCUAUUACGUACUAUGCCACGGGGACUUUCAUGUGCGUAAUUUGAUGUUUAAGCCCGACGACUGCAUGCUGCUUGAUUUCCAGAUGUCCAACGUGGGAUCGAUGGUUAACGAUCUGGUUUAUGCGAAAUAUAUGCUAUUCGCUGCUGGGGAACGUCUGAAUAAUUCUGAUGAGCUCAUCUAUCACUAUUUUGAUACCUUCUCAACGACAUUAACAAAAAUUGGAUACAAAGGCGAGAAACCUAGCUUAGUAGAGUUACGCAGGCAGAUGUUUGACAGGAGAUUCAUUGAUUACAUAAUGCUCACCUUAUUUUUGCCUGUGUCGUAUAGCAUGCGUCAGAAUAAGGAUCCUGGUGAAAUUAUACAGAGUGAAGAAGGUCGCGUUAAUAUUUAUUAUAAUAAAGAGUACCAGAAGGAACUGGAGUAUUUACUACCUCGAAUGUUGCAUCUGGGCUACUUUGAGCUGCCUAAUCUCUACAUUAAGUUAUCUGCAAGAGCUGAAGCCAACUGGUUCAUAUACGAAAUGCCACCAAACAAUGAAUCUUUUAAUCAGGAUGAGCUGGAUGCGCCCUCAUGGCUGGACUGGCAAUACUUUAAAGAGGUGUUAAGUGCCCAUGAAAAUGAUGAGGAGGUGGAGAUAAUUGAUGUGAACAUCUCACCUGCCACUGGCAAGGGUGAUCAUUAUGCAAGCAUUAUGUUCAGAGCUGCCGUGGAGUAUAAGAGCAAAAAAGGAAAAUCUUUCAAGUCGCUGAUUAUAAAGACCAUGCCCGAAAGAGAGGGACACAAGAAGGAGCUGCUGGGCGAUUCACAUAUCUUUGAGACAGAGAUAAGCAUGUACUCGGAAAUACUGCCAAAGUUUGAAGAAAUACUUCGACAAGCUGGGGAUGAGACGACCCUGCACGUGCCCUGCAUCUACCAUAGUUUAAAGCCACGAAAGGUGAUGAUCUUUGAAGAUCUAUUGCCGCAGGGUUACAUUGUGCUUCGCGAUCGGGAGCCAACUUGUAAGGAGAUUCGAAGUGCAUAUUGUAAGCUAGCCAAAUGGCACGCUGUGAGCUAUAAAUGGUAUAAAGAGCAACCAGAGCUGCUGAAGAAAUUCAAAUACAGUUUGUUCGAGAUUCCAAAAAUCGAAAAAGAUGACUUCUUGUUGCAUGGCAUGAAUCAUUUUAUCAAUAUGUUGGAUUCAGUGCCAGACCUAACAGUCUAUAAGCAAUACUUUGAGAAAAUGCGUCCUGUCUAUAUGAAACGCUGCAGGGAAACCUUUAUGGAGCAUCGACAGAAUCCCCAAGAAAGUGAUUAUUACGUACUAUGUCACGGUGACUUUCAUCUCAGGAAUUUGAUGUUCAAAUACAACAAAGCAAGCGGAUCAUUGGAGGAUUGUAUGCUUUUGGACUUUCAGAUGAGCAAUGUGGGUCCCAUGCCCAAUGAUAUUAUUUACUCAAUCUAUCAGAUGCUGUCUCCAGAGCAACGACAUAACCAUCGCGAUGAGUUAAUUUACUUUUACUUCUCUACUUUUACAGAAACUUUGAAGAAAAUUAAUUAUGACGGUGAAUUACCCAGUUUAUGCAAGUUUCGGCAGCAGAUAUUUCGACAUAAGUAUUUUGAAUUCUUUUUGCUUACAACUUUUUUGCCUGUGAUAAAUGCAAUGAAGAGUGGAAAUCUUGAGAUUUCGGAAGUGAUUGAAAAUCGAGAACUAAGGGCAACACUCUACCUGAAUGAAGUUUAUCUAGAGGAUGUUAGAUGUAAUCUGAAACGCUACUUGCACCUGGGAUACUUUGAGGAGCUGGAGUAA